GAGAGAGAGAGAGAGGAGGGGAGUGAAAAAGAGAGAAACGGGGAAAGAAAGCGUGCUGGCUUGCUUGCAGUUUGGUUGGACUCUGAGGAGAGAAGCAGGAAUGCGCUUCUUGGUCCCGGGGAUCGCUCCUCUUCUUCGCGUCCGCUCGCAUGGAUCCAUCGUUGGGAUUGUAGAAAAAGAAAAGAGAAGCAGCGGCGUCACAGGAGGACAAGGAUGUUAAUACCGAGUGCGUUGUUUUGGGAUUUAAUCGGCGCUUCUGUGCCCGGCGUUUGACAAAGUGGCAAACUUUUUCAAGUCUGCAGGUUUUUCGGAGCUUGAGGGUGUUACCCCCCUAGCCCCCCUCCGCCUCAAUGAUGGACCCCAGGUCUUUUGCGGUGUUUUUAGCUGACUUCUAACCCACUCGACCACGCGCCCCCCCCCAACCCCCCUCCCUCCUUUUUAAUUUGGUUGCAUUAUGCUCGGAAUGUGGCGUUUGGUCGCGAACGUUAUUGUCGCGCGCGUUGACGCAAGCGGUGCGCCGUGCAUCUAAUGUUGCCGUUUGGCCAGCGGUGCUUGUCGGUCGGCUGUGCACGCCUCGCACGGCGUUUCGCUCACUUCUUCAUGUCGAGUGUGUGCAACGUUGGGACGGUCUUAAACGAGUAACCCCCACCCCCGACCCCGAAUAGAUAGUCAAGUUGUCGUAUGUUCAGGACGAAACGCUCAGGUCUUGUGCGGCGACUCUGGAGAAGCCGUUUGAUUCCAGAUAAAGAGAGGCACGACGGAAAUGGCCAAACAAGCGAGGGGUGCAGGGACGAUGCGUUCGCGAACAACCCGCAGAAGAUUCCCAAAACGGAGUUCCGACCGGUGACCCCCGGCGGGUCUUUCGUCGGCGACGCCGGGGGCCCCGUGGAAGUGGUGGACCAAGAUGGGUGCGCGGGUUGCGUGCAGGACCAGCGGGGCCCCCGCUCCGCGCAGGACAGCGACUCCGGGACGGUGACGUGCUGCUUAUUUAAAGAGCGUGACCACUCCGAGCUCAGGGCUCCAGAGGCGGCCCCGGGUAACGGGGACUUCGGGGCGUGCCACUUGGCUUUCGGGGGCCUCGGCCAGCGGGACGCCGGUUCCCCCGAGGCCGGCCAGGAGGCGAUGCCGCGCAACGUGCACGAACAGGAACUCAAGUUGGCCACGCACUCGCUUCUAAAAAAGCUCAAGGAGAGGGCGCUGGAUACUUUAUUGGAGGCGGUGGAGUCUAAAGGCGGCCUCCCCAGCGACUGUGUCCUUGUGUCCCGGACUGAGCUGAGACUGGGUGGCCAUGCGGCUUCCCCGCAGCUGCUUGUGUGUAAACUGUACCGCUGGUCUGACCUCCAGCACCCGGCCCAGCUCAAACCGCUCUGUGAGUGUAAGAGCUUUUGGGGCCCGGACAGUCCAACUGUAUGCUGCAACCCUUAUCACUACAGCCGCCUUUGUGGGCCAGAGUCACCCCCACCUCCAUAUUCAAGGCUCUCCCCUAAUGAGGAACACAAGCCACUGGACCUGUCAGACUCCACAUUGUCUUACACUGAAACGGAGGCAGCCAGCUCACCCAACGUCACUCUGGGGGAAUUCUCAGAUGCCAGUAUGUCACCCGACGCCCCCAAGCAGAGACACUGGUGCAACGUGGCGUACUGGGAACACCGCACGCGCGUGGGCCGCCUCUACACAGUGUACGAGCACUCCGUCAGCAUCUUCUACGAUCUACCUCAGGGCACGGGCUUCUGCCUGGGCCAGCUCAACCUGGAGCACCGCAGCAGCACGGUGCAGCGCACGCGCGGCAAAAUCGGCUACGGCAUCCUCCUCAGCAAAGAGCCGGACGGCGUGUGGGCGUACAACCGCAGCGAGCACCCCAUCUUCGUCAACUCGCCCACGCUGGACGGGCCCAACGGCAGGAGCUUGGUGGUGCGUAAGGUGAUGCCGGGCUUCUCCAUCAAGGUGUUCGACUACCAGCGCUCGUGCCUGCUGCGCUACACGGCCGAGGCCGAGCUCUCGGACGGACCCUACGACCCCAACAGCGUGCGCAUCAGCUUCGCCAAGGGCUGGGGGCCCUGCUACUCCAGACAGUUCAUCACCUCCUGCCCCUGCUGGGUGGAGAUCCUCCUGAACAACCACAGAUAACACGGAACAGACCCCACACACUAUCCCAAAUAUCAUCUACCUAGAUUUAAUAUAAAGUUUUAUAUAUUAUAUGAAAUACUAUAUAUAUAUAUAUAUAUAUAUAUAUAUAUAUAUAUAUAUAUAUAUAUAUAUAUAUAUAUAUAUAUAUAUAUAUAUAUAUAUAUAUAUAUAUAUAUAUAUAUAUAUAUAUAUAUAUAUAUAUAUAUAAAAUACUUGUAAAUACGGAGUCCUUUUUACAAUGUCAUUAUUUAUGUAUGGUGCAAUGUGUAAGAGGAAAAAAAAUGGAAUAUGCACUUUGGCUCAUCUAUAUGUAUGAACCCAUACAUACAGUAUAUAUAAAGAGAAAGAAAAUUUCAAUACCAACUUGAGAAAUUAUACAGCAAAAUUAGGACAGAGCCUGGAUUUGGUGUAUAGAUUUUAUAUACUCUUAAUAUCCAGACGAAAAGCUAACCAUUCACACAUUGAUAAUAAAGUAUUCGCAUAAUA